CAGGAGCCCCUGGCAAAAUGGAGUCACUAUUGCUACUACUAGGCCCGUUGCCGGUGGUUACCAGGCUGUCAUAAUUCUUCAGGCCCUCAAUGGGCACCUCCAGCUGUGCUGGAAAAAAACCCCAAUCAGACCAGUGACAUGUCUGAAAUUUUUUUGAGGAUCUGUGACAGGGGCCCUUGCCACAAGGCCACCCAGAAGCCAAAGACCCUGAUGGCUCGAGAAGGGGGCACCGCAGAAGCCAUGACCUCAGCCCCACUCCAGCCUCUGCUCCGUGAGAACAGUGUGCUUCUGCUGACACCUCCAACCCAAAAUUCAGCGAAAGCGGGACCUGAGAGAAUGACAAAAGUCCUGAAGGAACCUUCAGUGCUGAGUCGGAAAGAAUACCCACUGAAUAAGGAAACUGCUGCCUCCACUCGGAAGGGUCUGAACCUAGUAUGGAAGAGAGUGUGCUGUGGGGAUGAAUCAGAGAGGGGCCGAGUGAUACGUCCGGAAAAUAAUGCGAUGGGGAAAGCCAACCGUCCCUGGGGGACCAUCCCCAAAGGCUUUGGGGGUUGUGUCCCCCAACCUCCUUGUUCUUAUGAUAAGCAACUGGCAAGAAUGUCUAAAAGCCUGGUGGCAAAGCCAGGGGGCCUACUCCACGCACCCCAUAUGCAAGCCAAAGGAGACCAAGUGGGGGUGCCCACCAGGGGCCCCCCUGGCACGUUCAGGACAGGAGUUGUAGGGUUGAGAAGAAGCAAAAAGCCACCUCGCCAGACCUCCUUCUUCAAAGGGACUGCCUUAGCUGUUGCACAUGGAAACAUGGAUGUCAAAAGGAAGAGCAACCAUAAAUUUUCCAGGCCGCCGUCUCCCAAUCUGGAUGACUUGGAGCUUGGGGACUUGAUUGAAAUAUUCCGCUUUGGAUACCAGCACUGGGCCAUCUACGUGGGGAACGGCUUUGUGAUUCACCUGGCUCCACCCUCUGAAUAUGCAGGAGCAGGCUGCGCGAGCAUCAUGUCCACCCUAACUGACAAGGCGCUGGUGAAGAAGGAGCUGCUACGGGAGGUGGCAGGGAAGCACCGCUACAGGGUGAAUAACAAGCACGACACAAAGUUCCCGCCGCUGCCCAGGACCAAGAUCGUUCAGCGGGCUGAGGAGAUGGUGGGCCAAGAGCUACAGUACAAAGUCACCAGCGAAAACUGCGAACACUUCGUCACCGAGCUGCGCUAUGGUGUGCCCAGGAGUGAUCAGGUCCGAGACGCCCUGGUGGGGGUUAGCAUCGCAGGGCUGGGUUUGGCCGCCCUGGGACUCUUUGGUGCUGCCGUGGUCAAGAGGAAGAAACAACAGAACCAAUAACAGAACCAAUAACAGAGACUCUGAGAUUUCCGUGCUCCCUUGGUUUUUUUCUUUUUCAGGUUUCGUGUUCUUUGAACAAUUACCUCUUUGGGGAAACAAACAAACAAACAAACAAACAAGCAAAAUAGUUGCUCCCAUUUUGGGCCACAGCCUUGGACGCCCUCUCCCGUUUCUUAACUCCUUGUUGAGAGUGGCUUGCUUCUCUCUGAGUCCCAAGUCUAAAGCAAUUCUUCUCGGCCUCCCUGAAGUGGAAAAUUGGAAUGUCGGAUGCUGCCUUUAGAGACCAUUGGUCCAUCUAGGUCAGCACUACCCAUGCAGAUGGGCUGCACCUCUCCAGGGUUUCGGACUGGAAACUAGGGAUGUAGGAGGGCAUCCCUUCCUGUAUUUGUCAACUGCAGUGCUGUCUCUGUUCUGCCGCAGUUCGCCCUCUGCCCCAAACAACGUCAUUCGUGCCGUCUGCCGUGGCAAAACCACAUAAUUUGCAUCAUUUACGUAAUUAAUUGUGUAAGUUACGUUGUCAUUACGUUAUCCCAUUCCAUUCAUUUCAGUGCAAAGGAAACACAAUCCAAAUGGAGGGGAACAGUGUGAUCCAUUGGGUAUUGAUUGCAGACUGAAUGCAACAGCAAAUGCCAAUCAUACUGAUUUUUGUUCCGGACACGGAACGAAUAAGCAAACACCGGCAAUUUCUGCUUCUGCCUUCCGUUUUUGUUGGAAUUCCCCGACAUCCCUCCUGGAUACAUUUCCAGGCCUACCUGGAGAUGCCUGGGAUUGAACCUGAGACUUUCUACAUGCCAAGCAGUUGCUCUACCACUGAGCGUCAACGGCCCUUCCCCAAAAGAUGGCUGGGGGCUCUUCCUUUGGGGCAUGAGCCUCCACAGGCUAUGUCCUGCUCCUGCUGUUCAAUGGGCAGUGCCAGGGAUUGGUACCAGUUUGGGAAGGGCAAAGCCUCUUCCCUUCUCCCCCUGAAAACAGCGACGGGGUGGUCAGGGGGAAGCGAGUUCUCUCGCUCUGCUGGACCCCUAGAGUCCCCACUUACCCGUGGGGUUUUUUCAGGGAGUCGCCUAGCCCUGGCGUUUCCCCCCGGAGCCCUAGCAGCCCGAACCGUGUAGUCCUUUACUCCGACGACAUGGAGCACACCGCCAUUCCCUCCGCAGCAGACCGGAAGUCUAAACAGAGGAGUUUUUAGUUGGUAGCUUAGGCCUGUAGCAGAAAUGUAGCUAAACAUGAACCACGAGGAGAGCAUAGCUUAAACUGGCAGUGGUAGAGGUGAUUUUCAGCACUCAUUUCUUUUUUUUAACACUCCCUUUUGGGCUGAAUUUCUGUAUACCACUGCACGAUAAAGCGCUCUGGAUUUAGAUGGGGGUGUGGCAAGGCGUAGGUUCUAAACAGCACACGUGGAUUGUAUCCAAAUUUUACUUAGACUCAUGGAAAUGAAUGGACCUAAGUUGGUCAUGUCCAUUAGUCUUGAUUUUGUUCUGACUAAUACAGUAUUGGACACAACCCUGCCUAUACAGAGCAUAGCAUGUAUUUGCAUAUUUUGUUCUUAUUCUGCAUUUUAGUUUAUUUAUUUAUUUUGAAAGAUUCAUAAAUUGGAUAAGGCAAGAGCUCUCUAAGUGCUAUAUGUAAUAAACUUCUAGAUAGAACACAGCUAAAAUCCACAAAGCUACCUUUAAAAAAACUAAUAUACAUAAAAUAAUUAUGAUUAAAAUUCUGAGGAAAUCAGUAAGGUUGUUCAAACAAACAUAGGUGAGAUAUAUGUCUGGGUAGGCUUGCUGAAAUAAAAUUUGUUGUCAAUAGGCAUAUAAAACAA